AUGUUGAACCUUGUGACAUCCGGUUUGGCCCUUGCCUCCGUGGCCUCCGCUAGCUGGAGCGGACUCCCCAAAUUCGGCGAGAAGCAAUUCUCCCAGUCCUUCAACGAUGGAUACAACCUGUUGAAGCACAUGGGCAGUUUCGCGCCUUACUCCGAUCGCGCUUCGUACGGUGUGGACCGAAACACCCCUGAGGGAUGUGAGGUUGACCAGGUGCAUAUGCUGAUGCGUCAUGGUGAGCGUUACCCAGACGCUAUCUUCGCUGAGGGUUAUGUCGAGGUGUUGGACAAGAUGCGGAACUCCAAGGUCAAGACCUGGAAGGGAGACCUCGCUUUCUUCAACGACUGGACCUACUACGUCGAUGAUGCUGGUCUUUACUCUCAGGAAUCGACCACUGGCCCGUACGCCGGUCUGCUCGACGCCUUCACCCGCGGUAGCGAGUACCGUCUUCGCUAUGGUCACCUUUGGGAUAGCGAGACUGUUAUCCCCAUCUUCAGCUCUGGAUAUGAGCGUGUCAUUGAGACUGCUCGGUACUUCGGUCAGGGUUUCUUUGGAUACAACUACUCCACCAGUGCUGCUAUUAACAUCAUUCCCGAGGCUGCUUCUCAGGGAGCUGAUAGUUUGACCCCGUCUUGCACGGCUGAUUCCAACUACUACACCUGCUAUGCGGACCGGUUCUACGCAACCUUGCCCCCCUUGGAAGUUGCUGCUAAGCGUUUCAACUCUCAGAACCCUGGAUUGAACCUCACUGCAAGUGAUGUCCUCCAAUUGAUGGAGACUGCCGCUUUUGAGCUCAAUGUCCGUGCUUCUACCCCUUGGGCCGAUGCAUUCACUCUCGAUGAGUGGGUGGCCUAUGGCUACAUCUGGGAUUUGGCCUACUACUACUGCUUCGGAGCUGGUAGCGAGUACCAAACUGCCGCGGGCCAGGUUUAUGCCAAUGCCACUCGUGUCCUAAUGCAGUCCGGCCCCAAGGCUGGAAAGAUGUUCUGGAGCUUUGCCCACGAUGCCGAUAUCACUCCCGUCAUUGCCGCCCUAGAUAUUGACGUUCCCGAGCACAAGCUCCCCAACAACACCAUUCCCUUCCCCAACCCCUACCGUGUGGCCGAUAUCGUGCCCAUGGGCGGUCACCUUACCCUGGAGCGUAUGACUUGCAACGCUACCACUGUGAGCAAGGCUGGUGUCUACGUCCGUGCCAUCCUCAACGAGGCUGUUGUGCCUUACUCCAAUUGCCAGAGCGGACCCGGUUACUCCUGCCCUCUUGCCAAGUUCUCUGCUAUCGUUGACAAGGCUCCCAAGUACGACGAGAAGUGCGAGACCCCGUCCUCGUACCCUCAAUACCUGAGUUUCUUCUGGAACUACAACACUACCAACGAGUACAACUACCAGUCUGGUGAUAUUGCUUACCAGCUGACUGAUACCGACGUUUGA